AGUUAUAGAAUACAAUCAUUUUAUUGCGGUAGGAAGAGAUGACAUGUGGACCCUUCCUUCCACAUUUGAUAUUCUUUUGAUUCAUAUUGAAGCUUGGGCUUUUUUAUUGAAUGAAAAUGAAAGGAAUCCUGCUGGUUCUCCUCAGAAGCUGUUUUUAGGUGGCACAUAUUGUAAAUAUGUUGCUGAUUUGAUUGAGAAACCAGGCAAUGAAAAAAUCUUGUCUGAAUUGUGUGUUUGUCUUAAUUAUGGUGUGAAAGAUGUAAAUGGAGUUCAAUCGUUGAAAGAUUGUAAUAUGAUUUUUGCUCCUGUUCUGAUUGAAGACCCGAAGCCUUAUUACCUGUUUGUCAUUAGUAUGAAAGACAAAAGUGUCUAUUUCUUUGAUAAUAUGCUUCUGGAACCAAAAGAGAUGGAACAAAGGAAGAAAUCUUAUUCUGUCUUGUGUUCUUCAUUGGAAAAACUACUGAAAAAUAUGGAUAACAUUCAUCAUGAAGAUAUUAAAAGCUUCAAAUUUAUCCCGGUCGGUGGUAAUUGGAAGCGAGGUGCUUAUGACAAAGACUGUUGUGUCUAUUUGAUGAUGUUAAUGAUGGUUUUUCAUGGUGUUGAAACGGUACAAGAUGGUGUUGGGAUUUUUGACUUUGAUCCCUUGGCAGAUGAAGAUUUCAGGAAGUUUCUCAGGGCUUGUAUUUGUGGCACCAUUGUGUUGUCAGAUUUGAAUUGUUACAGAGAUGAAUAUCUGAAACGAAUGGUUGCAUUCAGGAAAUACAGGAAACAAGAUGUUUUGGAUGCCCUAAUUAAACAAAGGGAAGAGUUGACGCAGAAAUACAUCAAUGAUGCUUCAAAAAUUGAAAUUGUUGCAAGAAAUAGUUCAGCAAGGAAAUCCAAACAUGUUGAAACAAAAGAUGAAGCUGAGACAGAUGUCAAUGUUGAAGGGAAAGGACGUGGCAAAGGCGGGAGACGCACCCGAGGAGGCAGACGCGGGAAGGCACGUGGACGAGGUGCUUCACGUGGUUAAUAAUUAUUGCUGAAAAAACAAUUUAAUUUUUUGUGUUUGUAUGUAGUCGAAUUACUACUUAGAAUGUAAAAUUAAUUCUAAGUUUGAUAUAGUUACUCUCAAUGAUUUUUAAUUGUUUGAUAUAUGAGAGUAAUUAUAA